AUGAGGCUUGUUUCAACUCUUCAAAGCUUCCUGGCGCUUGCAACUCUGGCCAGCUCUGUUAUUCUCCAGAAUGGACAAGUACGUGAGACUAAUUAUCCAGACACCAAAAUCGCAUCCAUAGGCUCAAACACGACCGGCUGGAAGACGUAUGGACCGAAUGCGACAGAGCUCUCCUACAAGGGACGCUGGGACAAGAAGCAUAUCUCUUGGUGGGCAGCGCCAGGGCUGAAAUUCGGCUUCGAAGGCCAAGAUGUCGCAAUCACAUUUGGCGAGUACACAUCUCAAGGCGUUCUGAUUGCCUACCGCGUUGCAGGCCUGGACUGGCAAUUCACAAAUGUCACGGCAAACGCAACUCAUCACCUCGUGUCACCAAGUACGCCUGGUCUCAAUGCCACGCUACCCGAUCAAUUACCACUUACGUUUGAGAUGAGAGUCACCAACUGGGGCUACGGCGUGCAAAUCUCCGCCAUCCACCUCUCCCGCCCAUCCCACCUAAUCAAGCUCCCCAACUACUCCAAAUCCCUAGAAUUCAUCGGCGACUCGCUCACAGCAGGCAUGUACGCCACCUACGAAGCCUUCAGCGGCUUCGGCUACACCAUCGGCGCGGGGCUCGGCAACGUAGAAUUCAGCGUCACCGCACACCCAGGAAUCUGCCUGCACGACGCAAACUGCUGGGGCAACCCGCGCGGCCAAACAUACCAAUGGUUCCAGACGCGCGACACAAACGCCCGCGCUUUGACUAUCUACCCCAGCAACACAACCGAGCCGUGGGAUUUUGCCGCCCACCAGUCCGCGGACAUCGUGCUGAUCAAUCUCGGCACAAACGAUAAUAAUACCGCUAACAACGUGACAAACGCACAGUAUCUAUCCAGCUACAUCGCCUUCGUCGCGGACGUGCACACCGUGUACCCCGACGCGCAGAUCAUCCUGAUGAGUCUGUGGAACGGCUUCUACCAGAGCGGAAACACGUAUAAGCAGGCCGGCGCGUUUGUCGACGAGAUUUACAACGUGUAUCAGCACUACCAAGACGGUGGGUUUGUGCACUACUUCAACAGCACGGGGAUCCUGCAGCAUAAUGAUAUCGGGCCGCAGUGGCAUCCUACGGAUGCUGGGCAUUUGAAGAUUGCGAGCCAUGUUAUGCAGUAUAUUCGUAUUAAAUUUGGCUGGGAGUUUGCUGCGACGGGGCCGGAGGUUCAGCAUGAUACGCUGUAUUGGAAUGAUGAGUCUAGCUAUUAG